AUGCUUGCUGCAGGGCUCCUGCGAUUCAGCCUGCGGGUUUCUGGCGGGGUUGCACGCUGUGCAAGCGGCAAUGUGCGCUGGAACGUUGUGAAAGUCGCCGGGGGAUGGCAGGGACGCUGGUCACAAAGCGGCGCGGCCGGAGCCUCUCGGCCGGCGCCAAGAUCGCCCCUUUAUCCUGUUUUGGCCCUAUCUGCUGUUGCAUUCACGCAGUUUGACGAAACAGACGACUCCGAGCAGACGCGGGAAGCGAGAAUGCUCAUAAAAAGCAGAAUGGAGGCCCAGGACAAUCCGCCGGACUCGGUUGUGGGCAAAAUAUUCUGGGCUCUUCGGCAUUACGUCUACGAGCCGGUGCGGGUAUUUUUGCGGUUCGUUCACCUGCUGACCUUGUUUUUGCCGGUGCUGUUCCUGUGUCCAAUUGUGUUCUUUGGAAGCAGCCAUCCAGAUAUAGACUGCGACAGGACAGGUGCUCUGCUGUGGUACAAACUGGUUCGCUAUGCCAUGCAGUGGGCGGGGCCGUCUUUUAUCAAAUUAGGCCAAUGGGCAGGCAGCAGAACUGAUAUUUUCCCUAUGGGCCUGUGUCGCGAGUUUGGCGAAUUGCACUCCAACGCUAAAAAACACGGGUUCUGGCAUACCCAGUGGGUCGUAGAAAAGGUCACUGGCAAGUCCGUUGACGAGGUCUUUGAUUUCAUAGACCACAAACCUUUGGGCAUUGGAGCAAUGGGCCAAGUAUACCGGGCCAGACUGAAGGGUGAGUCUAAUGAAGUUGCUGUCAAAGUGUUACACCCCCAUAUCGACAGCAUGGUUGACCGAGAUCUCGCAAUCAUGAUGUUCUUUGCGAAAAUCAUCAACGUGCUUCCGACAAUGGAGUGGCUAUCGCUUCCUGGAGAAGUCGAGACGUUCAGUACAAUUAUGAGAUCCCAACUUGACUUGCGAAUCGAGUCUGAAAAUCUCCGUAUUUUCCUGCACAAUUUUGAGAACUAUCCUGCAGUGUCUUUCCCCAGGCCUUAUCCAGAAUUAACUACUCGGAUGCUGCUUGUUGAGGAGCUGGUACAUGGUGUACCCAUGUCCAAGAUCCUUGAGUUUUGCCAGCAUUCUAGUAUGGACCGAAGACUGGCUCUGGUUGGAUUGAAUGCGUUCUUCAAAAUGCUGCUGCUUGACAAUUUCACUCAUUCCGAUCUUCAUCCCGGAAACAUUAUUGUGCAGUACACGUCGCCUAAAGGUGAUUUCGAAACAGCGAAUGAGCGACUGAAGAAGGCAAAGACCAAGGCAGAAUGGUCCCAAGUCAUGCGAGAGCUCGAGGACAAAGGUUACGAACCACACAUUUGCUUCAUUGAUGCUGGUCUCGUUACAGAACUCACAACAAAGAAUCUGCGUAACUUUAUCGAUCUGUUCCGAGCCGUGGCUACUUUUGACGGCUACAGAGUCGGAGAGCUCAUGGUUGAACGCUCUCGCACCCCCGAAACAGCUAUUGAUCCAGAAGUGUUUGCCCUCCGCGCUCAAAAGCUCGUGGACGAACUCAAGACCAAAACUUUUGCUCUAGGCAGUCUAUCGCUGGGCGAACUUCUGGGCUCCAUGAUGGAUAUGGUUCGCCGGCAUCACGUGCGAAUGGAAUCCGAUUUCAUCACCAUUGUUUUGAGCAACCUACUUAUCGAAGGCAUAGGUCGUCAACUGGAUCCCAGUCUUGAUCUUUUCGAGUACGCACAGCCGGUCCUACGCCAAGUUAGCACUCAAGGACACCUUAGCAAAGAGGACUUUGUUCAAAUGACCAAGGUGUGGGUGGUCGUCGAGGUUCGACGAUUCAUUCAGGCCAGUAUCCAACAAAUCCACAACUGCGUCAAAUACGACCGCUUUUCUCCAAACGUAUAA